CGUUUUAUAAUUGUAUUUCCUCAACAUGACGACAAGCGGAAGUUCUUCUGCAAUAUUGCAUGGUUCAGUUUCAAGCGAUUCGGAGUUUGUCGAGGAGGUGCUCCUUGGAUUGGCAGGCUAUACAGGAAGAGCUGUAGUGGGGUCACCCGACUCUUUCGCCCUACACGCGAGCGUUGUGGUCCGACCAGCGGAGCGCCAACUAUGCAACCGCCUGUUGCGCGCCGGUUUCCUGUGUCACGAGCUCGAGCAGUUUGUGACGUGUGCCCACCUGAAUCAAACACAGGCUGCUCUCUCGAUUGCUUAUCCAAACUCGGGCAAGAAUCGUGCUGGGCCCUAUGGUGGCAGCGAGACCGUGGGUGGCGCGUCCUCUUCAUCCUCAGUUGGGCUGAAGACAACCUCAGAUGGAGGAGUCAACAACGGACCAGGCACAGCUGGAGGUUGUACAACGAAUAAAGCGGCGGCGCGCGCAAGUGCUGCAUCUCCAUCGAUAGGUCUUUAUGGCUUUGCUGUUGCGGAAACGGUAGAAGCGUAUUUAGAGCAAUGUUAUCGCCCACUCCUCGAGCGCUUGGAGAAUGAGCUGGCGUCGUCGACUAUGGUUCAAGUCAGUGCGCUAGUGCAAGAACCACUCGUGGUUCUAGAAGUGCUCUCUGAGCUAGUCCGACACGUAGAGACGAUGAACAAGGCGGAACUCGAAGGAAAGUAUGGUCUCCGGCCUGGUGCGUCGUUGGGGUCCAUGCUCAUUGACCAUGUUGCCAACCUCGUUGAGACGACGCGUGACGCAGCGCGCCCGGUUUUGGGUCUUUGCUUGACGAAGCUCACUGAAGUAUUCGUUCGUCAAUUGUCAGCCUGGUGUGUCCACGGCACGCUCUGGGACCCCUUUCGCGAGUUUCUUGUGCACUAUAGGGAGCCUGGCUAUCAGCAGGAAACAGCUGCACAGCGAGCAUCUAGUUCAGAAUCUCCGACCAGGCAGGUAGCGUUUUCAAUUUCCGAAUGGCUAGCAGAUCUGGACGAUGUCGAGGAGUUGUCGCCUUCUUACGUGCGCUUUCUGUGGACGCGUCAGUACGACGUGGACCCCGCCUUUGUACCGCAACUUUUUGUGCCGCCAGAGGAGAGCGCGAAAUUCGCAGACAAGGUUCUCUUUCUAGGCAAAGCGGUUCGGGCGCUUCUGCUCUCUCGCGCUGGUCUCACUGAGGCAGAGGCGCACUCCUGCUUACAAAGGUUAGAACAACUAAUGCUGGCAUUGCGGGCGAGAUUUCCACCACUUACCUCGAAUCUCGACGAUGAUGAGAGGAACAGCUUUGACAUUAAAGACUACAGGAGGAUAAGAUUAAGAAAGGCACAAAUGCCAAAUUCGGUGCACGUCGACGACUACCACGCUGAGGUCGGCACAACGACUGACGUUGGCGAAGAGGAUGAGGACUCGUCUGUCUCGACCGUUUCAGAAGAAGACCUAGCAGAGGACGCUGCUGGAGGCGGUCCCGGGAAGAAGAAACGAGACGUGGCACGACAAGGCACAAGACUGAGUUCCGCCACCGUCGCUACGACCAGGCGGCGCAGAAAGUAUAAGCCGAGCCAAAAGAAUACGAUUUCGUCGGCGAGAACAUCAAGUCAUCAUGCGCAGUGGAAAGCGCGACAGAAGAACGAGCUCUCAGGCUCUUCUAAAAGUUUUGUGGGUAUUCAGAAUGACACUAGUAGUCAUAUCCCACCUGCAACCUGGGUAAUGGAAGCAGCGCUCUCCGGAAUUCGUGACGUCGUUGGACGCAAGCUGCGACAGCUCGUAGUUACUCGUGGAGACCUGAUUCAUCACCUGAGGGACAUGAAAGGGUUCUUUGGUUGUUCCUAUGGUCCAUUUUUUCAAACUUUUCUUGACCAAGCGCACGAGCUGUUCUUGAAUCCACCAACGUUAUUCGCAGAGACAGAGCUGGCGCAUGGCGCGUGGGCUGCAGCAGGCCACACGGAGGGUGGCUUCGAAGACGCAACCUACUACGAUAACGUGGACUUGCUUCGGAAAAAGGAGAAACGCUUCUCAGCGUCGAUGGCAGAGGAAAGAAAUUCAGCAAAGCAGCUUAAGACGAGUACGACCUCAACGAAGCGACGCGAGCAACAGAUUAGAACGCGUGAGCUGCAAAGUAGGUAUGACACGAGACACGCGGACUCCCUUGAGGAUCUUGAUUGUAUCCAGCGGCCACUGGAGGACGUUGCCUCGAGACAUCGGCGAUACCAAGUGCGGCUGUUGAACUCACGUGGAUUCAACUUCCAGGACUUCAUAGAGUGCGGACAGCUUAUCGAGUGUUCUGGAGGCGCUCGCGCAAGUGCCAAUGGCAAUCUAGAGCUCACACCGGCACAACCUGUAGGAUCUACUUCGUUGAAUAAUUAUAACCAUGGGUCUUUAGCAGGAGCAGGAAAAACAAGGCAGGGUCUGUCGUCCUUUGAUGAUCCCGCUUUUUCCCUUUCUCCUAUGGUUUGGGUGGCAUCAAAGCACAUAAUUGCGGAACCUUUCAGGUCGAGCUUCUCGUUUCGGUUGAAGCCUUCUCAAACCCGACGAUAUUCAGACGAACCCGAGUUGGAUACGGGAGCUCGAUUUGCACUUUUGUGGCAAAAUGCCGCUGAUCCAAGUGAGGUGGUCAAGGAUAGCCGUCGAAGACAACUGGUGGCGCAAGAACUCAUGUCUGCUUUCUCAUCACCAGGAGCUAUGACUGAUGACAACGCGACAGGUGGGCGCGGUUGCGCACCGGGGCAAUAUCAGAAGAGCGAUCAUGGUCCUGGAGCAGAGACAUCUUCACGCUCAUUAGAGGAGAGACUCUUGGAGAAUACAUUGGGGCUGGAAAUUGUGGUUCUUGGCGACCAACUCGCAGCUCGGGUGGCUAUUAAGCGGAAAACCAACCACGAAGUCUUUUGUGAAGGCGUGACUACAAUUGGCGACAGCAGUAGCGAGGGAGCGCAUCUAGUACGUUCACCAAGCCAUGACUCUUCCAGCACAGACGAGCGGUUUUUCACCAUAGAUGUUAGCUAUGACCGGAAUCGCUUUGCUGUUAGGCUCGACGACCGCUGCUUGGUGUGCGAGGCACGGGAUGUCGACCUUUACAGUGUCUUGGGUGCGGAUCCGUUGGGCUGCGGGUACGUCGGCCUGCUCUCUCUACCCUGGGAAGUUGGGACCUCAAGAGCAAAGCUGGGUAACAAGCAAAACGACACGCAGACUACACAUAGACGUAGUGUUCGAGAGGACCCUGGCAGCCAUGUCGAGCAGUACGGCGAUGACGACGAAAUCGGUGUGUCCCUGGCCUCGGUCCUUGUUCGUCAAUGGAAGCACAGCGUUGUUCAACAUGGAGCCGAGGAAGAGUUGAUGAUCGACCCCUGGCAUAGGGAUUUGAAUAUUUCUUUUGAUAUUCCCUGGCCAUUGUCACUCAUAGUCUCAUACGAAAAUCUUCAGAGCUACAACAGGCUCUUUCGACUGCUUUUUGCGUACAAACGAGCGCUGUAUGGACUCUCACGGAUCUGGCUUGUGCGCAGGCAGCCAUACCGACCUUCCAAUCCAGAGAGUACUUCUUAGAGGCUAUCUCGGUACGACGUAGUGAAUACUGAUCACUUGGUUCUAGUACGUGAGAAGGAAUUAGGCGGUAAUAGAAAUAACACCAAGUGGGUUUCAUCCAACUACGAUUAGUGUGUUCUUGUAUGAUAAUACACAAAUAUUUAUUUUUAUUCUUGGUAUUCAGAGAAGGCAGUCAUCCCAAAUCAUUUUAGAAUGAAUUGAACCACCACAGCGCGGCUACAUUUCCAGCACCAGUUCCAGAGCGGGCUUUUUCGGCACCGUCUGUAUUUUUUCGUAACGCAAAUUCUUCAGUAUCUGCAACAGGACGUGAUUGAGUCGGCCUUCUGCGGUCUCGAAAAAGAAGUAUCUCGCGUGGCAUCUCUAUCGACUUCCUCUUUGUCAUCGAAAAAGGGUGGAGAUCAUGGUGCAGGAGGAAGCCAAGAGGACGAGCAUGUGGACUAUAGUGAUCAUGAGGCAUUGUAUGAGGAAGAUCAUAUCAGCAAAAGAAGCAGUUAUGAAUUGGCAGACUUCGAAGCGCUCGCGCUUGGGCACCAGCAUUUCCUGACCCAUGUGAUUGGAGAUUGUUUCCUCCUUGAACCGAAAAUUCUUCGAUGCCUGUUGGCAAUUGUGUCUAUAAGCAAUCGCUUUGUGCGAAUAGGAAAUGUUGCUGCAUCGGCUGCGACGUCCUCAAGCAGUACUGGCGCAAGAUCAGUAGGCAGCAUUGCACAACAACAGCCAGGAGGAGUAUCGGGUGCGGGAACAGCGCCUUCGCAGACUGCAUCAUCAACGCAGUACUUGCAAAUGGAAGCCCGUCUGGAAGCCAAAUUGCGGCAAGAAUUUCAACAGGUAACAAUCGAACUCUUCCAAUUAUUGGCUAGAUUGCAGUCUUCCUCAGCGAAACUCCAGUCACUACUUUUGCGACUGAAUUACAACCAGGAACCAGGAGAAGUCGACUGCUGAACAGCACCAGGAAGAGCGUGUUGGUGUUGCAAUUAGCAUUAGUACGUCGAAUGGAGGACUCUAGGCGUUUUGAAUUCUGUCAAGAUGCAUGUGGCUAGAGUUAUGUAUGACGCACGACGUCGUGAAAACAAGAAAAAUAUUUUCAUUUCUGACAGCAGUAGCGGCCUGCGAUUGCCCUCGCUCUGCAGAAUCUGAGCCUUCGUCCAUAGAUCUAUUAUAAUACUGGCAGUAAGAAGCAUAGUUCUUGUUAUAAAGGAAUUUAUGAAUUAUAAAUAUAUAUAUAUCUGAGGUGUUGAGGUUGACUUAUUCGUGUCUGACAUUUUUCGCCUUGCAGCGGGCGCUGUGGAAUUUCGAAAAAUCCAUUACACAUCUUAUGGAUUUGUUU